AUGUCAUAUCCCAAUACCUUAGGAUAUCAAGAAACAACCAGCAACGUACGCAACGUUGUAUGUUAUCAUGGUGCAACAGAUAAUACUUGUACAAUACUUUCAAAUCCAGCUGAUUUCAAUGAUUGUUUGUAUACUAUACAAAAUAAUAUUGUGAAAUAUUGUUCAAAUAUGAAAACAUUUGAUAUGAAAAUGAAUAAAAUUCAAAUAUUAAUGUUAAAUGAUCGAAUACCAUUAACAAUGGCAUUAUUUAAAUUUAUUCAUGAUACAUUUUUCAAUUUAGAAAUAUUAAAAAUCAAUAUAGAAAAAAGUUUGAGAAGGCUCCGAUACAAUGAUUUUGAAGAACUACCCAAUCCAUAG